AUGCUUAGGGCCGCAAGCCAACCUCUUAGAAAAAUAGGCCUCUAUUCAAAAGAGACAUUAGCUGCUCAAUGCAAUACAAGGGAUCUCAAUAUCGUUCAGACAGGCUCGAUUACCGAGCUACACCUCAAGCGAGACUGAAAUGGAAACACAUUAACUCAAAAAACCAUCCAAGAUCUCCGAGUUUCCCUUCAACUGAUGGAAGAAGACAUCCACUCUAAAGGAAUCAUGAUCAGAAGUCAAGGAGAUUAUUUUUCGCGUGGCGCGGACUAUCUUUAUCUAGGCCAUCUAGGUGCCAACAAACAAUCAGGGACUGAAGAAUACUUCACUGCUCUUUAUGACCUUAUUUACUUCAUAGGAAGAAUGGAAACUCCUCUGAUUCCUUUGAUCAAUGGAAAGGCUUAUGGCUCAGCUGCGUGCUUGUCAAACUUGGCUACAUUUUCCAUCGCAACUCCAAAUACAAGGAUGGCUUUUCCAGAGACUUCGAUUGGUUUUAUUCCAACUGGAGGAGCUUCAUACCACCUGUCAAGGCUGCCAGGAGAAGUUGGGAUGUAUUUAGCAUUAACGGGGAGAAUAAUUAAUGGCUCAGACGCAGUUCACUUAAAAUUCGCUUAUAAUUAUUCAAACUUGACUGAUGAGUUUUUUUAAAUAGAAUAUGGGUUGCUCGAAUUUUCUAGUCUCCGGCUGAAAAUUUAACUCUGACAUAUUUUAAUUAUGAGAUUUGAUUUCACAUGCUGAGUUUAUCCCAGCUACGAAGGGAAGCAAUAGCAGGGUGGCUUUCCUACCAGAUUCCUGAUCUUAGGGAAUAGAAUUUUCCAGAAAAGGUGCCACUUACCUCAGGGAUAGAGAUUGGGCCAAUCGGAGUGCCUAAGCUGAGAGUCGUUGAAAUCUUUCAACUGGCUUCCUCUUUUGAUGACCUUUGGUGGACUCAAGAAAAAUGGCAAGAAAUUCAACCCAGAUCGGUGUUGGUGGUAGCUGUGGUCGACUAGCCUUUUAGUGGACGUUUUUAAACGUGUAUCGAUUAAUUAAGAUUCAGACUGAUGAGUUUUUAUGUGACCUUCAUUCCACAUCAGCUCAAAUACCAACCCCUCUUGAGUCUCAUAGGCUAUUUGGGAACUAUUAUUCAAACUUUUUGAAAAAUAAAAGCCUCCUUGAAAACAAAGAUCUACGCGAGAACUGGAAUGAGCUACGAACUAGAAUUGGCUGGAGUGAUUUUUAUGUGGAAAGACGAGAAAAUGUAAAAAUGGUGUACGCUGAUAUAUUGCAUAUGAUAAAAUAAAAUGGCUUUCGCUUCUAGCGAAGUUAGCUCCGCUAACUUUCUCUCACUCAAGCAAUUUUAUUUAUGGGGUUGGGUUUUACCUCGAGAACUUCUGCACAGCAAUAGCGGCUUAACUUUGGGGAUAACCAAAGGAACUGCUCCUCAGUGCGAUCAAGAGACUCAGGUUUUUACCCCUCAGCACACCCAAAGGAGGUGGACCCUUAGGCAGAACACGCACAGGAGCUGAGUCGGAAUAAAGCUGUGGCGGCAGCGAAGCCCGUCGAAGCCGGAACGCCGUACUUACCUGUACCUUGGCGAAUCAAAGUGGGUCGAUCCAGAGGUCCAUGGGCCCGACACGUGGAUAAAUAUGGUGGCAGCUCUGGAGUUGGCUACCCCAUAGUGGACGCUAAACGUUAUAAAUAAUUAAGAUAAGAUAAGAUAUAUUACAUAGGGAAAGCAUGAGAAGAGAUUCGUGGUCAGAGUCGCCGGGGCAUGAUUGGAGGAGCCACUCUUCGCCUGGAGCUCAGAACCACUUAAGGAAUUUUGAAAGCACGGUUAUGAAAAAGCAUAUAUGAAACAAUCAAUCUUACUUUUCUCUUAUUCAUGACUUAAAAGCCAUUUAUAGAUGCUUCACAGCUAACACCCUAAGUGAAGCCAUUGAAAGAAUCAACAGAGAGCUUGAGCACGGCGACAAAGAAUGGGCCAGAGACACUUUUAACAGACUUUCAACUAAAUCUCCUCUCGCCCUAGAAGCUACUUUCAAACUCAUAAAAGAUGCCAAAAACUUAGAAUGGGCUGAAUGUUUAGACCGCGAGUUCAACGUCGCAAUAAAGCUUGCCCAGCAGCCAGACUUCCAUGAAGGAUCAAUCAAAGUCCUCAGCAGACACCCUGGAGUCCCUGAAUGGAAGGUAAAUUUCCCAGUCCCACAAAACCUCAUCGAUGAGCUUUUCACAGUAGAAAAAACCCUCGAUCUAGAAGGAGUAAAGCCAAACCAAUUUUUGCCCGUCAAAGAAUGGUACCAAACCAUCGCUAGUGGCCCAAGACAUUACUUAAAUGAGACUAGCUCUGACCAUUAUUUGGCAAGAAUGAGCUUUAAUGAAGAUGUCCAAUCUUUCCUCCACGACCAUGAUUUAGACGUCAGAGAUCCUUGCGUGAAUGCUUCUGAUGUUAGAAAAGGCUUUUGGAACGCAGAAAUGUACAAGCGAAAAGUCGAUGAAGAGCUCGACCGUGUCCAAAAAAUGGCUGAAGACCCACUGCUAAAAGAAUUCUAUAUAAACGACAGGAAAAAAGCUAUAAAUGAUAUGUUCGCUAAUGAAGCUGAAAUUACCCAAAAAAUCAACGAUUUAAUCACAAAAAGAUUCGAAAGGAAAUUUGAAGAUAGGAUUAACACCAUUCUUGACAGGUCAAGAAAUGCCAGAUCGCUAGAAAAACAAGAGUUUUUCAGAGAAGUCAAAGAUUUCGUCCAUAGAAAGCACUUCUUGGAGAAUGUAGGAAACCUAGCUAAGUUUGAGAGGGAUAACCUAGAGAAAAUGAAAGCAGAUGAUCUCCCUAUGACAAUUCCUUAUAGCAGCAAAGAGCACUAUAUAGAUGAUUUGCAACGAGACAUCGUAGCAAAAGGCGAAACAAACCCGAAUAUUGUGAAAUAUGCUGAUUUGUUGUCAAUUGAAGACUAUAAAUCAUACUUCGCCUUAUACCACCCUGCAUUUUUAGAAAAAGACAUUUCUUCAGAGGUAAAUGAAGUCGGGAAAAAUAUAUGGGACAAAUUCAGAAAAUCUACAGAUGGCUUAUUCAUUGGAAACCCCAGAGACAUGCAUAAAUUUAUAGAGCUGCAAACAAAAAAGAAAGCAGCUGAGCAAAUGGACAAAGAAAUUCGUGAUAAUUUAGGGAAUAUAGUGCCUAAUGAAGUCUUAGACAACGUAUGGAUUUAUAGUUCUCAUGAAAAAGGAAAAAAUACAGGGUAUUCAUCAUUUGAAUCAGAAGGUGAGCACGAGUAUGAAGGCGAGAGAUUAGUAAAGGAACUAGAAAUCCAAAAUUCUAAUGAAACGUCUAAAAAUCUAUCAGAGUUAGAAAAAUAUAAAGAAGAACAAAGUACUGCGCCAGAAGCCGAAACAAAAGCUGCUCAAAAUGAAGCCGUAGAUAGUCAAGACGCUAAACUUAGAGAAGAAUUCGAUAAGCACUUAAAAAACGGUGAGUAUGGCGUCGAAUUCAAAGAAAAUGAAGCUGACAAACUGUUUGAAGAAAUCAUAGGUAAAGAGCUAACAAGUGAAGGGAAACUGAGAAAAGAAGCUUUGAAAGGGCUUGACAAAGCCAGUGAAGAAAAAGGCAUAGAUAAUGAGAAUUCUCAAACAAACGUGCUAGAAAGCGACUCAGAGUGGGGAAUCCCUGAAGAGCUGCCUCAAAAGACUGCGAAAAAAAUUGAGGAAGCAAUUGGUAACUCUCCCAAUUUUUUUUACAAAAUAGAAAGUAAAAAUUAUGUUAAUUUAUAUUUUAUUUGAUGCAACUGUUUAAAAUUAGCUAGAGAUUUAAUUAUAUAUUUAAUUAUUUUUUAAAACAAAUUUUAUUUUAAAUAAUUUAUACUGACUCGUGGAGGAUGGAUAAUUAAAAUAUGGCACUGCUCAAAUUUUCUGAUCCCGCCAGAAAUUCAUCUCUUGAAUAUUUUAUUGUGAGUUUGGUUCCCCUUGUGAAGUUAUCUCCUCAAGGAAGCAAGUUCCAGAUGAUUUUCCUACCGGAAUCCUGACCCUAGGGGAAUGGAUAUUCCAGAAGUGUAUCACUUACCCCAUUAGAGUGCCUGAGCUCAGAGAAGAGUCGUCGAAGCCUAAACUUCAAGACUGGCCCGAGGAAAAUGGCGUGAAAUUCGCCCCAGAGUGGUGCUUAAGAUAGCUGUUGUCAAGCAUCCUGUGGACGUUAAGCAUGUUUCGAUUAAUUAAAAUUAAGACUCGCGGAAGGCGAUUUUUGCCCAAAAAUAUGGAUCUAUUAGAAUUUGCGUUCUCACUGAUAAGGAGUGUGCUCGAAAAGAAAAAGCGGAAAAAAAUGCCAACUGGUGAAAAAAUAGUCGAUUAUCUCGAAGCUGUAAUGACAGGUAAAAAAACUGAUAUAUUUGAUUCAGAGAAAGGCGAUCAAAUAGCUGAAAAGGCAGAAAAGACAAUUGAAGAGCCAGAAUAUUACUUAAAAGAUAAAGGAAUGCCCAGGAAAGCCCAAAAUUUAAGUAAAGAAGUCUCAAAAAGUAAAGAAAAAGUGGAAGCUAAAGCUGAAGAAAGAGAAAUUUCUGGAGAAGAAGAAGAAACGGACGCUAUUGCUGGAAAAACAAAAAACCUUGAAAAACUAGAAGAUAUAGAAGAUAUAGAAGAUAUAGAAUUGAAUGAUAUAAAAUUUUCUAAGAAAGAUUAUGAUGCUAUACCACAGUCUUAUAAAGGCAUGGAAAAUUGGACAGAUGAAGAUUGGAAUCUCCAUUUCACUCUCUGAACUACAAAAAGAAAAAAUAUUUACCAUUAUGGGAAACUGAAUGAUUAUGAAUUAGACAGCAAAGAAGACCCAGAGAGUUUUGUCAAGUCAAUAGUGGAAGCUUUAGGAAAUAAAGUAGGAAAAGAAGAAGAAUUAGAACAAGGAAAAGAAGAAGGAGAAGAAGAAUUAGAAAAAAUAAUCGCAAAAACCUUAGAGAAGGUAACGAAAAUAGAAGAAGAACUAAAAGCAGAAGAAGAGCAAAUCAAUAAUGAAAGCACCCAAAAUAACUUGAAUAUGAUGAAGCAGAUUAGAAUCGCACUGACAAAAGCAAUGAAAUUAAAAGAAGAAGAAGCUGCAGCCAAAGAAGAAAAAAAUGAAGAAGAAGGAGAGCCUGAAUCUCAAGAGCUUGCCAAUGAUGAAAUCUUGGAAGGAAAAUAUAAUGCUCAAAAUGAAAUCAUAAGUAAUGAAAGUGAAGAUGCAAGUAGCAUAAGGAAAGCUCAAGAAGAGAGUAGUGAAUCAUCACAAAAGUUUAAACAGCAAGAAGAGUAUGAUGAAGAUAUCCAAGGGUUCACUUUAUGCAGUGAAGAAAGUGCUUCAGGGUCCAGCCAGUCUUCAUCUGGGGCCAGCAGUAGUGAAAAAAGUCAAUCAUCAUCAGGCAGCAGUAGCGAAGAUUUGUAUGCAGAAAAAAGAGAUAACUCCCCCUCGAACGAAUAAAAUAUUUUUGUUAGCUAAUGGAGAGAUGUUAAUUUUUUUGAAAAAAAAUUAUAUAUAAAUUUUGUAAGUUUUUUUUUUCAAAAAUCCCCAAUUCGAAAUAAUCUAAGUAAGGCAGAAGAAAUCAAUGAAGCUGGAAAAGCAGACGAGGCAUCUCUAGCUGAAGAAAUUAGUGAGCUAAAAGAAGCUAGUAGAGCUAGCGAGGUCAAAGAAGCCUAUGAAGCAAAAAAAGAAGUCCAUGAAGCCUACGAAAGUGGUGAAGCCUAUGAAAGUGGUGAAGCCUCUGAAAGUGGAGAAGCCAAUGAAAAUAAUAAACGCUACAAAGCCUCCUCACAUCGUGGAGAGAGAAUGCAUCCAAAUGAUGUUGACCUCAGAAAUCAGCCAGACUCAAAGAGGAACAUUUCUGACCCAGAAUAUGGGGAACAUUACUCCGGCCAAGACGAGCAAGAAGGAGAAAUCUCCUCGGAAGGUGAAGAGGGAUUCAUCCCUCCUGAUGAGAUAGGAGAAGACCAGAACGAUUUCGACAUGGCAAGCCAAAGGCGUUAUAUCCCUCGAAAGCCAGAUGAAGCUGACAAACUCCAGCUCGAAUUGGCCCGCCCGGACGAAGAGGAUCGCGAAGCAAUCGAUAAAGACUACGAACAAAUUGACCCCCUUGUCAUCCAAGAACUUAAAAAAGAAAUUUACAUCAAAACUGGUGCAACUGAGAUAGAAAAAGGCAUAACUAUGCUCCACGAUGCUAAGUUCUCUUUAAACCUUGAAGAAAUGAGGGCGAGACGAAUUGAAGUCAUCAGGUCAGAACUUAGAACUGACGACUAUAUCUACCACCAUGACCCAAACAAAAAAAGACUCAAAAAACUCUUCGGUGACCUUCUUGUUAAGCCUCAAUUAGACGACCUUGACCAAAACGUCUUACUCCCUUUAAUUAGCAAAUUCUUACUAUUUGUGAGGUUAUAGACAAAAUUUUAAAAGUAAUUUAAUAUCAAUAUCAAAAUUGACUUAUUAUUUGGGGAUAAUGCUCAAAAAUUUGCAUUUUGGCUUAUCUGUAACCACGGCUUGAAAAUUCUCUUCCAUAAUAAGCAAGAAUCUGUUUAUUACUCAGGGGAGUUAGGAGUCUUGGAGCUGGAAAGUCUUGAAGAAGUCUUAAGCGAGGUGGAAAGAUGCAGGAAAGAAAAAACCAACCCAAUGCUCAUGGAAAGGGAAGAAAAACAAAAAUUGAGAGAAGCCAAAAAUAACGCACGUCAAAAUAAAGAACUUGUGGAAGAUAUGAAUCACGAAAAGAACAAUUUGAUGCUGACUGAUUUCGCGAAUAGAAUUAUGCUGGAUAGAACUUAUUUAAAUGCGGUGUUAGGGACUAAAUCGUUUUUGCCUAUGCAUUUAACAUUCAACGAAGAGCAUGUCAAGGGCUUAAGUGACCUGAUCGGCUUGUGCGAUUUUUCACAAUCACCCAAAGAAUGGGCUGAAAUAUCGCUGCAGAGAGCAAUUGAUGAUAUUUUUGAUGUUAGGGCUGAGGUUGAGCUUAAGAUGACAAGAGCUGAGCUCAUUGCAUAUGAUAUCAUAAAUUACCCAAAUUUACUAAAAAUUCCAUAUUUUUCGAUUCCUGAAUAUUUAGCAUAAAAAAGCAUAGGUCUAUUGAGGAAAAGCUUAAGCCUCAAAACAUCAAAAAGGACAUGAUGAAGCAAUUGUCUCUUGAAGGCAUUGCUGCCUACAAAACAUUUGAUUUGAUCACAGACGAAGAACGUGAAAAGAAUAAAGAAGCUAAACCAGCUGAGUACUUGCAAGAGCUGAAAAAGAAGCAAAACAAGAACAUGGACACACGAAAAAUGGAAGCUGCAAAGCAACUUUACAAGCACUGGUUCAAAAGCACACAAAUUGGCAAGCCAAAGGAGCACAGCUGCGAUUAUUUAAUUGAAGAGGAUCUAUAUGAGAAAUUCAGAAAUUAUGAUACCAGGCAUGAGAAGUACUCGAAAUUGCCUAAAACUAAAAAAGGGUUCGAGGAAUAUUGGAGAACCAAGAAGUAUAUCAAUAUAAGACAAAGGGCUGAAGACCAUGCUCAGGAGAGAAAGUACGUUAGAGAGCUUGAGGAUAAAAUGAACAGGGCUGCUGAAAUUGCCUGCACAAUUGAAAAUCUACUGAAGAUCAAAAAAGUUAGGGACAAGGUGGGACCUGAAAAUGUGGAGUACGUUAAGAAGAUCAUUGCAGAUAGAGAUAAUCUUAUUUACUAA